AUGGAGGGUUUCUCUAUAAGUCUACAAACGAAUAAAAAGAGCAAACUUAAUACUAAAUCAAAAGUGAAAAAGAAGAAGAAUGUAAAAAAGUCUCAAGGAACAGAUUUAUUUGGAACUAGUCAUAGCAAUGACGAUAGACAUUCAACAACUUCAACACAGGUCAUUAAGUUAACUCAUGUUGAUAAUGAGGCUGAAGAACUUGAACAUGCUAAAAAAGAAAGGGCAAAGAAGAUGAUAAUUGUUCCUGGAAAUGUGACUAAAAUAUCGGACAUUCUAAACGAUAGCAAUGAAGAAUCAUUAGAAGCUGAUCUGACUUCAUUACCUAAUGUUCCACAUGAAGAUCAAUAUAUUGAUGUUCCAGUAGAAGAGUUUGGGAAAGCAUUAUUAAGAGGUAUGGGAUGGAAUAGUGAUGAAGAAAACGAAAAGGAAAAGCGAGAAAGAUUACAGAGGAAGAAAAAGCAACGGUUACCUCAUGAACUACAGUCACACCCUGAUGGAUUAGGAAUUGGUGCAAAACCGAUAUCUUCCACAACUGAUAAGAAUAAGAAAAAUGAUUCCAAAUCAAGAACUCAGGAACGUCAGAUGUUUAUGCCAAUUAUUAAAAUAGACAAGUUGACAGGUAAGCCUAUUCUAGAUGAAAAUAAGAAACUAGACUUCAUUCACAGCUAUUAUACCUAUUGA